AUGCGCCUGCACCUCCCACCGCUCCGCCUCCUCCUCCUCGUCCUUCUCGGCUUGACCCUCACGCUCCACGCGCGCGUGGCGCAAGGGCGGCUCGUCGUGGUGGGCGUACGCGAUACAGGCGGGUUCCAGCACCCGUGGAACAGCGCAGUGGAUUACCCGCAGUGGGAGAAGAAAACUGUGCUCGUUAUCGGGGACUCUGUUGUAUUCGAGUUCCCCCCUGAAGACGCCGUAUUCUCCUUCCCCUCGCUCGAGGCAUUCUCCGCGUGCGCCUACGCGGACGCCGCGCUGGUGUGCUCGGGCGCGCAGGGCGCCGGGAGGCAGUGCACGGCGGUGGUGGGGGAGGCUCCGCAAUACUUCGCGUCCACUCCGCGGAACUGCCGCCUGGGCCAGAAGGUCACCAUUCAGGGCCGCCCCCCGCGCCAGGCGCGCGCGCUCCGCCGUGUGCUCGACGAAGCCCCCCCGCCCGUCCCCGCUCUCCCCACGGGCUCCCCUGCGGGACUUGCAACUGGCGGAAGCAGCGGAAACGGCAUUCCUCCCGCGCUUACCGUGACGAGCCCCAGCGUGAUCGUGACCGUUGGAUACGCGAAGGGCGCGUACUCGUACCCGUGGAAUCCGGCCGUCCAAUGGAGCGAGUGGGCUGCCGCCACGAAGAUUUACGCGGGCGAUGUGCUGUGUGAGUCGGUGGGCACUGAACUGACUGCGCCACUCCUGUCGAUCCUCGAGUGUCGAGACGGUCUCAUCCACCCAUCCCCGAUCCUUCCCCGAUCUCCCCCCGAUCUCCGCCGAUCUCCCCCCAAUCUCCGCCGAUCUUCCCCGUGCGCGCCAGCCUUCAAGUACCCCAUGUACGCGGAGGAGGUGGUGCGCUUCCCGUCGUUCGCGGACUACCGCGCGUGCAACUAUUCCGCCGCGACCGUUGUGUGCUACGACGUGUGGGGGGCCGGCAGCGCGGGGUGCACCGUCAAAGUCGGCAACACCACCGCCUUCUACGGCUCGGGGCUCUACGGCCACUGCUACUACGGCCAGAAGGUGCGACGCGGUGCCGCGCG